AUGAUAAACACAAAAAUAGGUAGACCAUGUGUUCGUCUACAUCAAUUGAACUUUAUUAGAUCAAUUACAAUCAAUCAACAACCAUCAUCUACGAUUUCCACAGAACAAUUAACCAAAACAACAACUAUUCCAUCAAAUAUUCAACAAGUUGAAGAAUUAACCAAUUCAAGAACAUUAGAAGCACCUGAAUUUAAAACCCUUGGUAAUUCAGGGAGUUCAACAACAUCAUCAUCGUCAUCAUCAAUACUUUCAAUUAAUUUACCACCAUCUGUGCCUAUUUAUUUAAAAAGAGGAUCAUUAUUAUCCAUUUAUGGAAUUAAACAAGACAUUACAUCUAUUAAUUCAGUUAGAUCAAGUUUAGAAUUUCCUUUAUUUUGGAAGAAAUUAAUUUAUGGAAUUGAUAGUAAUAAAGGAUAUCAAAGAUUAAUUUCAACAAGUCCAUUUUCAAUUUUAGUUAGUUCACAAAGUAGAAGAGGUGGAAGUAUAUUUUCAAAGAAUAAUGGAGAUAAACUGUUUGUUAAUUUAAUAUUAGAUGGUGGUACAGAUUGGGCAAUUUUGAAAAAUGAUUCAAUUCAAGCAUAUUCUGGAAAUUCAUUAAAUUUGAAUAUUUAUAAAUUACCUAAUUAUAUUUCUAAAAAAUUAUCAAAAAAAUUGGGAUUUGGUAAUAAAAAAUUUAAAACUGGUUUAAUUUCUUGGAUAAAUAGAAAAAUUGGUUAUAUUUUAAUAAGUGGUAGAGGUAAUGUUGGAUUAAUUGGGAAUGGAAAUAUUUAUAAUUUAAAUUUAAUUAAAAAUGAAGAAAUUUUGAUUAAUAAAGAAAAUUUAUUGGGUAUUACAGUUAAUGGACCUUAUGAUUUACAAAAUUGUAUUAUAAAAUAUCAAUUUCCUUUAAAAGAUCAAUCUAUAAUUGAUAGUAAUACUAGUGAUGUUAUUAUUGAGAAACCUAAAUUAUAUGAACCUAAUUCAUGGGGAAUGAUUAAAUAUAGAUUUGAUCAAUUUAAUAAAUCAUUUAAAAAGAUUUUUCAAUCUAUUUUCAAAUAUUCUUCAGAUGUGAAAGAAUCAGGGUUUAAUUAUUUAGUUGGAAAUCAAGAAUUUAUUAAAAUUAUUGGUCCUAGAAAUAUAUUGAUUCAAUCAAAUGUUGAUAAUUCAUUUAUUAUUCCUUCAAUAAAACGUUCUGAUAAGAUUGUUACUCCAGUUAAGAGUAAUGAUAAUACCGAGGUUAAAAAAUCUACUACUACUGGUGAUUAUUUGAAUUAUGUAACUAUUGAACCUGGUAAAGGAGCUGUUUUUAAAAGUACUCCUGAUUUUAAAGAUACAGUUGAUCAAAUAGACAAUAAAUCAAAAUAA